CCACUUCGAGCUGACACCUCGUGGCGCGUGCCUCCUGCCUUCCGCACACCAGCAAGCAUCGCCGCACGCGGCGUCAGAACCAUUCUGCAGCCUGCUGCUUUGCACGUACCGCUGCCGGCGCCAUGAAGGAGACGCUGCUCGACGCCAACUUCCCCCGCGACGCCGAGGGCCGCACAUACCAUGUCGGCACCAAGCCAGGCGAGAUGGCCAACCGCAUCAUCACCGUCGGCGACCACGCCCGCGCUCGUCGCAUCGCUGCGCACUUCGACGGUGGCGCCCCGCUGUGGCAGCGCGAGUCGGGCCGCAAGUUUCUCACGCUCACAGGCACGUACCGUGGCACACCGCUGACGGUCAUCUCCAUCGGCAUGGGCUUCAGCCUUGUCGACUUCUUUGUGCGCGAGACGCGGGCGGUCGUGCAUGGCGAGCUCAUCAUCGUGCGCCUCGGCUCCUGUGGCUCGCUCGCAGCCGAGGCGCCCAUCGGAUCUGUCGUGGUGCCCAAGACCAGCGUGGGCAUCACGCGGAACUAUGACGCCUUCCACUCGGAUGCAGCAGCCGACGAGGAGCCUUACCACAUUACGCGGCCCCUCGACUGCGACGCAGACGUGCACGACGCGCUGCUCGCUGCUCUGCAGAGCUCGCGCCCAGCAGCCACCGGAGCGCUGUUCGGAGGAGAACAGCCGAGCGUGGUCGGACAGGUUGUCAACGCGAGCACAGACAGCUUCUACUCGUCGCAGGGCCGGAGCGGCACCUUCUUCGACGACCGCAACAGCGACCUCAUCGACAAAGUCAUCGGCAAGGGCGUGCAGACCUUUGAGAUGGAGACCUUUGUGAUCAACCACCUGGCCCGGGCGAACAACGUGGCAAGCGCCGACACGAGCCGUCGCAUCCGUGUCGGUGCGGCACAGAUGGUCUUUGCCAACCGAGUCACCGCCGGCUUCAUCACGCCCAGCGAGGUCGAGUGUCUCGAAGGCUGGGCCGGGCGAGCCGUGUGCGAAGCGCUCGUCGGCCUCUCCAUUGCAGCAGAGAACCUGCAGCCCGAGGGUGUCUGGAUACGCUGAGUGCGGUGAGCGCUCGCUCGGCUGGCCCGGCGGCGUGGCACUUCACCCUCGCGAGGGGCGGCGUUCGACGACUCUGCGCACAACCAAGCGAUCUGCAAUGACAUCGGCGGUAGAAGCGCCCGCUGGCCACUGCUCAAUCACUUCUUUGAUUGAGCGCCGUCUAGUCUGCCGAGCAGCACGCCCGUGCAUGCGACCAGAGCCUGCUGCUCGCUCGGCUCGGCGAAUGCGCCGCCAGCCCAGCGAAUAAGCCCGUCGGGGCCCACGAGGUACGUGUAUCCGACGUGCUUGUUGUGCAGGCCGAUGGCCUCGCGCUGCAGGUCCAUCGACUGCGCGCAGAGCAUGUACGUCUCUGCCAGCGGCG